AUGUCCAUCAAGUUUGUUACAACACGCUUUUACUCACAAAUUAGAACUCAAGUCUGUGCUUUCAGUGGUUUCAAAAUUCCAGUUGCCAAGGGACGUAAAUAUGUACGUUUAGACCUUAAAAGUUUCACUUUUAUUAACAAGAAAUCUCUUAUGCAAUUCUUAAGAAAGACUAAUCCAAGAAAGGUAUUCUGGACUGCCAUUUACAGACAAUUAAAUAAGAAAGGACAACAAAAUGAACUUGUCGAAAAGAAGAAGACUAGAAGAGUAAUUAAAGUUAAUAGAGGAUAUGCUGGUAUUUCUGCAGAAGAAAUUGCUAAAAGAAAACAAACUCAAUCAUCUGAAGUUCUUGCUAAGAAGAGAAACGCUGCCAUUAAGGAGAUUAAAGAAAAGAAAGCUGAAAAUGCUGCAAAGAAAGAAGCUGCAAGAAAAGAAGCUAAGGCUAAUGGAAAGAAAGCUACUAACACUUAUAAGAAGUCAAAUGCUAAGCUUCCAAAGGCUGGACAUGCUAACUUCAAUUCUAGAUGA